UACACCAUGACUGACAGUAAAUGUGACAGUCAAUUUUACAGUGUUCAAGUUGCAGAUUCAACAUUCACUGUGCUAAAACGUUACCAGCAAUUGAAGCCCAUAGGAUCAGGGGCACAGGGCAUUGUUUGCGCUGCAUUCGAUACAGUGCUUGGAAUCAAUGUUGCUGUGAAGAAGCUGAGUCGACCUUUUCAGAACCAAACCCACGCCAAAAGGGCCUACAGAGAGCUCGUUCUUUUAAAGUGUGUCAAUCACAAAAAUAUUAUUAGUUUAUUAAAUGUAUUUACACCACAGAAGUCACUAGAAGAAUUUCAGGAUGUAUAUUUGGUUAUGGAGCUGAUGGAUGCAAAUUUGUGCCAGGUUAUUCAUAUGGAAUUGGAUCAUGAAAGAAUGUCUUACCUUCUUUACCAAAUGCUCUGUGGGAUCAAGCAUCUCCACUCAGCUGGUAUCAUCCACAGAGAUUUGAAACCUAGCAACAUAGUAGUGAAAUCAGAUUGCACGCUAAAAAUCCUUGAUUUUGGACUGGCAAGAACAGCAUGCACUAACUUCAUGAUGACUCCAUAUGUAGUAACACGGUACUACAGAGCACCAGAGGUUAUCCUGGGAAUGGGAUACAAAGAGAAUGUGGAUAUCUGGUCUGUUGGGUGCAUUAUGGCAGAAAUGGUCCUCCAUAAAGUCCUGUUCCCAGGAAGAGAUUAUAUUGAUCAAUGGAAUAAAGUUAUUGAACAAUUAGGAACACCAUCAGCAGACUUCAUGAAGAAACUGCAACCUACUGUGAGGAAUUAUGUAGAAAACAGGCCAAAAUACCCUGGUAUUAAGUUUGAAGAGCUCUUCCCAGACUGGAUAUUUCCAUCAGAAUCUGAUCGUGACAAGUUAAAAACCAGCCAAGCUAGAGAUUUAUUGUCAAAAAUGCUUGUAGUAGAUCCAGACAAGAGAAUUUCUGUAGAUGAAGCCUUACGUCACCCUUAUAUUACUGUCUGGUAUGAUCCAGCUGAAGCAGAAGCUAAUCACCUGAAGGACAGCUGGAAUAAACUGUCAACAGUGAAGGUAAAAAAUGCUAAAAAACCUCCACCUCAAAUCUAUGAUGCGCAAUUGGAAGAAAGAGAACAUGCAAUUGAAGAAUGGAAAGAAUUAAUAUACAAAGAAGUUAUGGAUUGGGAAGAAAGGAGCAAGAAUGGUGUGGUAAAAGAUCAGCCCUCAGGUAACACAGAUGCAGCAGUGAAUAGCAACACCAGUCCUUCCCAGUCAUCAUCUAUCAAUGACAUUUCAUCCAUGUCAACAGAGCAAACACUGGCCUCAGACACAGACAGCAGCCUGGAUGCCUUGACAGGACCCCUUGAAGGAUGUCGAUGAUUAGCCAUGAUUGCAGACUUGACUUUGGAAAAGAACUCUUGUUUCCAUUGGGCCUGAAUUGCUUGUAAGUUAAUGGAACCAAGUAGAAAAACUCCAUGUUCUGCAUGUUCUAAAGUAAUGCCUGUUGUUUUUUUUUACUCAGUUGUUAUGAAAUUGCCUGCUUAAUGUUGUAGAAUGGAAGCAAAUCAAUGUCUAAAGAACAAAGAAAAUUAAAUUUAGGCACUAUUAUAGGCUUUUCUUUGUUUCAGCCUAUUUCAGGUGAGCAGUUAUAAUAGACUUUUAGCCAAUAACUACUCUUAAAUAGGUUCAUCAAUCUCCAGUCACAGCUGGCAGGCUUCUGUGACACAGUGGUUGUUUACAUUUUAGUACAGUAUUGCUCAUUAGUAGUUUUUUUGAAUGUAUAGUCCCUAUGAAGUUUGUUUUACUGGGUGACUGUGGCAGUUUAUUUAAUGACCCGAGUGUUGUAUGCAAGUGUGGGCUCACAUGGGGAAUGCUUUCAGUAGUGUUUAAAGGGGGCAAUUUUUCUUCCACAUAGCACUUUUUUUUUAAAUCAAAACCUUUCUAGCUUCACUUUUCAGCAAUUCUCUCUUCUUGUAGAAGAGAUAAAUGUGACAUUUAAAGCAUAAUUACUUUGUAUUUCACCUGAGUGUCUCUAACUUUUUCAGUCUUUUAAAUGUGGAUGGAAGAUACAAUGGCUUUAAAAAUCUUGAAGGAUGAGUGACUUAUAUGUGAAGCAGUGCCUGUUUAGAAGAGGAGAGUGCUAAAAUGUUCUGAAUUUUCUAGCUUGUGAUGCUCAUCCUUUAACAAACAGAAACAGAAUUUUUAUCUGUGAUGCUCUUUAUUCACUGCAAACUGAUAAAAUGAGUGAUGACUUGGAGAUACUUGCAGCCUCAAAAAGCUGCAUAAAUAUUUUCCAUUUUUUUAAUGGGUCCAUUCUAUCAAGUGAGUAAUUAAAGAAAUAAAAGUACAGUAGUUCUGAGUCACUCAUAAAUUAAGCAUUUAGUUACCAGAGCUUUGCUCUGUUAUCACCCGAGGAAAGUCUAUUUGUACUGAGAAGAAAACCAUGUUUAAAUACAAAUUUUCUAAAUUCAGUGUCAUACAAGAGGAGGAGGUUAUUUGCUAUUUCCUUACAGAUUUAUCAGUACAGUUUUCAGAAUCAGAUAAUACAAAAUUGCCUGUUACAUUGCACAAUCUGUUGAAUUAGAAAAUGCAUUUGUAGUAGAGUAGGGCUUAAAUAGCUUUGUAGCACACACUUGUGACGUUGUGCACAUUCACUCUGGAGUGCACAGGUGUGAAAUUUUGCUAAAGGAUGUCCUGUGUGCAUGUGUGUGAUUGAACUAUAGAACUGUAAGAGUAAGACAUGUACAAGAUGAGGUAAAACACCACUUUCUUAAAGGCACUAUAUUAACUCUUGAUCAGAUACUCUUGUCUUGCAUAUAUAAAUAGAACCUGUAAAGUAUACUGGCAUUACUGGCAUUACUGACAUACCUCUCUUGUACAACACAACUGUCCAUUGUUCCAGGCCUUAUGACUCAAAAUGCAGCACUUUCUCCUUAUGCAUAUUAAAAAUUUGCCCCUUUUUAAUAGCUUAAUUUGUUGUGGUAAAAAUACCAAGAUUUUAGUGUCCCAGAAGAUGCAAAAACAAUUAACAAAGUAGUUACUGUUAACUUCAGAGUUGUAUUCUGGCAUCUAUGAUUUUUAAAAUUCUGUUUAAUUGAAUUGCAAGAGAUUUGGAGCUUGUUUUUUUUUUUUUUUUUUCUUAUGUUUACUUUUCAACCUAUGGAUAACUUACUUUUAUCUUUGGAUACUGACAGUAUAUGUGAAAUAUUUUUAGUGUAUUCUUGUCACUGGAAAAACAUUUAAAAAUACCUAUUUACCAUAUAGCAGAACAGUAAACUCUGCUGUUCUUUUGCUUUUUUUAGUCCAUGUUAUUUGUGUAAGUUAAAACAGCUGAAGGCACCUAUUCACAAUGAACAGUAGUGAUUCAUUAUGGAAAUCAUCUGAUGAAUUUAAUUUUUCAAGACUUUUACUUUUUUCAUCUGAAGUUACACUGCUAUGUUCAUUUUAACAGUUUCUUCUUUAGAAGACUUAGAGAUUUAUUUCUUUUUCCCCAUGUGAUUUCAAUUCUCACAUAGUUGAAUUUUUCCUGUUGGACUUGGGCUGCUCAGCACAAUGGAGGGUUGGAUCAGAUCACCUCCAGGUCUAUUCCAACCUAAAAUUAUUCUGUGAUUCAAAUUGUCUUUUAAUGUUUUUAACAAAGCUGUCCUGUCUUCAUGACUUGAACUGGUAUCUGUCCUUCUCCUAGUACAUACUAUUAGCUUGAACAUACGCUCUUGGAACAAGAAAAGAAACCCCAACCUUAAGAUUAAAUGAGUUUAUUUGUAAGUCUUGUAGGAAAAGCUGUCUCAUCCCUAAUUUUUUUUGAUGUCUUCUUGCAAUGGCAUAGAUUGAAGCUUAGCUACAGAAUGCCUUCAGAGCAUGCAUGAAAUGUCUGUGAAUAUUGUGGAUUUUGACUCCAGUUUAAUUCCAAAGUGAAGUGCAAAUGCACAUGGAUCUCCAGAGGGCACGUGCAGACAAUACCCACCAAACCCAGCCAGGUGCAUGCUGCAGUUCCCAGGCUACCACACCUUGCUCAUUAAGGCCCUCAAUGCACUGCAUGCAGCUUCUCCCCAUAUCACUGCUCCUGACUGCAGAAGAAAUUCAGUGCCAGGUUUGUGACAUGGUUGUGAAUGCCACAAGAAUCUCCUCACUGAUGGAAAACAAAAUGCAAUGUAACUUGACAGGGGUUUAAAAAUUAAGAGAGUCUGGUGUGCAAUAUAAUCACUUCUAUUCCUAAUACUAAAAUUAUGUAUGUAAAGUGAUGCAAUUGAUAUUUUUUUUGCACUUUGGCAUUUAUAAAUAUUUAUAUGUAUUUAAAGAUUAAGAAUAUGUGUGUGUAUACAUAUAUAUUAAGAAAACAGCUCAGUUUUGUAAACAUGAACGUUACUUUCCUUUGAGAGACUUUGUAUAGUGUUAACACUACUGCAGCAUACAUAGACAAUUUAUGAAGUAUGAUUAAAAUAAAUAGUGGUCAGCAUAGAUACAAUCUGUAAUCUUAACUGCUCACCUGAAAAAGAAAGGGAUCUUUGGCUGUCAAUAGAUACAUUACCAGAAACUUGUUAAACAUCUGAACACUGAGUAGCUGAAUGGCAUUGCAGAAAUGGAGUAUGUUUUAAACAGUUCAUUUCAUCUGUGCUCAUAUCAUCUUUCCUCAAAAAAGCCUUAGAAAGAGAAGCUUGGCAUUUUGCUAUCUGGGUAAGCAGCCUUUAAGUGUACUUUGAGGAAAUACUGUGAUAUGACAAGUCUAGGUCUUUAUGGAAAAACAUGAGAAACGGAUGUCAAAAUUAAGGCUUUGUCUCUGCAUGGAUCAUACAAACUAAACUAGUCUUAGGACUGGAAACUACAGUUUGCAAACAGCCUUUGAAGUUUUGUAAUGUUUCCAGACAGGGCUUGCAUUUUUUUGUCAAAAUAAUGAAAAACUCAACCUUGACUAGAAAUUAACUAGUUGGUUGGAGAGUUUCAAAAGCUGUUAGGAACCAGAGGGCUCUUGAGGUUUUGUCUUUUUUUACAUCCUAACAGAGCAUAUGUGUUUAUUUCAAAUUAAUUAAAAGAAAAAAAGCAAUUCCAUAUGUUUAAUUUUUUCUUUCUUAAAGGAAGGACCUUAAAUGCUAAAUCACUUUCCUUAAAAUUAUAAUUUUAUGAAUGAAGUAGGAUUUAGCUAUUCCAAACACAGCUGACAUACAGAGUCUCCAAGGACAGGGUGGGUGAGCCUUGUGUUGUCACAGGGGCCACCCUCCAGCUGGGAGUGAGCUGGGAGGUCACAGCUCCAGGUGCAGACAAACCUUUGUGGCUGUUGGGGAGCGUGGGUUCAGCCCUGCAGCAGCACAGAGUGCUUGGGGUAAAUGCUGAACUGCAUUUGUCUGCAUGUUCCACCUGUAUCAUAUGGAUUCUAGCAGGGCUUGAUGCUAAACGUAGUGAGACCAUAUCCUGGGAACCAGAUUAUUUCCUGGGAUGUGUUUUGUGUCGUUCCUGCUCAAAACUGGUUUUGAUCCAGGUACGCCUGCAUCCAGAUGCAAAAUUUGAACUUGAGUUUUAUAAUUAAUCUAGUGAUUUCUUUGCUUUUCCAGAGUGUCUUGAAUUAUUUUUUUAACGUGUUGAAAUAUGACAAAAAAGUGUAUUCUGGUUCAUUAUUUUACAUAUUUUAGAUUGUCUUUAACGUGAGUGAUGUUCUAAAAGCUUCUUACACAAGUUGUCCAAUCGGUUUUGGUUUUUGCCCGCUCUGCAUGCUAAAGUAAUGUCUGGAGCUAAAAGAAUCUUUAAGUAAAACAUCUUUUCUCAUAUUAGCUUUGGAGGAAAGUGAAAGAUAAACGUUUAUACUGCUUUUGUUUUAUAAAAUUAUUUUUGCAGCUAAAAUUUCAGUUGUUGGACUUCAAUCUCAAUGUUGCUUUGUGGAUAUAAAUUUCCUGGGUCCGCUAUUUCAAACAUGUGUAUAACAAGUCCAUUAUAAAAUUAAACUAAUAAAAUGCACUCGUCUGUAAUUUCUCAUUGAAAACUUGGCAAAUCAUUUCAGUCCAAGAAUUCAAAACUAAAUGGAGAAAAUACAUUUAACUAUUUUAAAUUUAUUCCUUGAUGUUGCUGCUUAUUUUUUUAAAAGGUGCUUGCAUUUUUGCACAAAAGAAAUCAACUUUAUUAAUUGCUGGGUUUGAAGCACUUUAGGAUUCUUCUAAACACAACCAUAUAUGGUAUGAAAAGAAAUGACAUAACAUGCUUAAUGUGUUUAAAUUUUGGUUGUGGUCUUUGCUAUUCUGAUAGAUUUGAUCAGCCUGUUUCUUUAAACCAGUUUUCAGAGAUUAGAAAUCAGAAACCUUUUGGGGGCUGAAAUUUAACGCAUGGUAAGAGAUCAUUUGAGAGAUACCUUCUGAGUGGGUGACUUGAUUGGCAGUGUGACUACCUGGCCAUUUAUUAGAAAAGGACACAGCAAUGUCUGUUCCUGUAGCAAGGGCAGCUUGCUGUGAGCACUGGGAUUCUUUUUUUAAACAAAUAAACUUUUCUUAACUCUUGGCUAUGCAUUGUCAGGUGGUAUGUGCUGUGGUAAGGCCAGGACAGCUGCUCUGUGGGACUCCCCUGCAGCAGAUGCUCUGUGACUAGCACGGGGACACUGUCCCUGCUCUGCAGUGCUCCAAAUACCAAACCCCUGGUAUUUGUGGGGCAUCCUUGAGCAAGUCCCUGUGUUUCUUUCCCCGGCUGGGCAGUAGCUCAGCACUCCAGAGCUCCUUAGGAUAACAGCAGAGGAGAAGGAGUCAGGUAGGAAGCACAUUUGGUGCUGGCUGCCUGAAGCACAGCUUGUGUUUGUUGCUGAUCACAGAGCUCCUUAUACCCCUGAGCAUGUGCUUUUGUCUUGUCUUCUAACAGAGUAAACCAUUUUUUGAAAACCCAAGUGUGUCACAAGCUUUUCUAUGAAUUCAGAUGCUUAAAUUGGUGCUAAUUUUUUAAAAGAAAAUGUAACAGAUGAUUAGCACUGUAUUUGUCUUUGAUACCUAUAUUUUCUUAACUGGUAGCAAGCCAAACUUUAUAAAAUUACUAAUGUGCAUUUUCAGCUUCAUCAGAUUCCCAGGUUUUCCUGAAGUAAAAUGUUUAAAUGUCCAUGGUGGAUACUGCUUCUGUGGAGCCAUUGCUUUCAGGUGUUUCAUACACUAAUCAAAUGAACAAAAUUAGAACAGACAGCAGUACCUGACUAUCCCUUUCUUUAAAUCACAACAUGGUUUCUCAGGUGAUUUUAGCAGUUUAGUGUGAUCCAGAUGCCUAAUUAAGAGCAAGCUAAAGAUACCUGUGUGCAGUUAACUCAGUACAUUGAAGCCUUACCUGGUUGUUAAAGAUAAUUUAUAAAGAUUAUACGAAGCUUCAUCUAUUUUAAAGAGGGAAUAAUAAGCAGAAAUAGUUAACUGUUUUCAUACAAAUUAAAUGUAAAUUCAGAAAAUAUAUUAUUUAAUGUAUUACAGAACACAGGCUAUUAAAGAGUGUAAUAGGCUCAGAGAGUGAUUAGUUAUGAAAUCCAGUUUUAUAUAAUGACUCAAAAUAAACCCCCUCCAGAAUGUAGUUCUUUGAGAAUUUCUUUUGAACGCCUUUGAGUUUAACUCCCCUCAGAAUCCUUAGCUGGUUUGGUCCUCUUUCCCACUUCCUCUUAACCAAAUGUCACCAAAAGUAGCAUCAAGCCCUGUCACUUGUUACAGUGUUCUGGUUCUGUGGCCUUAACAUUAGUUAUAGUCUGGUAUAUAAUUUCAGAAGAAAGAUGUGCUUUGAAGUCUAACUAUAGAUACAUGUGGCCUCUUCUGCCUAUGGAAUUAGGCUCUGAUUGUCAGAUCUCAUUCUCGAUGCUUGUGCAAUUUUGUCUGAUGCUGUUCUUUGGUUUCAGGGUGACUAGAAAAAAAUUUUUUGCGUUUGUUUUAGUUUUUUUUAUGGACAGCAGUCAUGCUUCAUUGGUUUUUUUGGACUGAUUCUUUGGGAAACUAGAAUUUCAUAAGGAAAACUGUCAAUAACUAGUUCUGUAGUUCUAGUUAAAGCCUUGUUCUGAAGCUUUUUGGUUGUUUGUUUUGUUUUUAUUUUCUUUCCAAAAAUGUUAUCAUAAAACAGUACUAAAGCCACUGUAAAAUUACAAAUAAAUAUGUAUACAUAAAAGAUUUGAGCAGUCUGUCUCAUUUGCUAUAUUUUUUCUUUCUUGGUUCUUUCUAUGUUGAAGUAGAAUGUUUUAUGUAACCAGUGAUGUGUUUUUGAUGUAUAGAUUACUUCUUUCAAAACAUGAAAUUUCAGGUGCCACUUUAGUUUCCAGUUAACCAAAACAUAGGUGUCGGCAUGAAAAAUGAAUGAAAAAAUACUUUAAGAGCAACUGGAAUUU